GCGGGUAGUAGCCAUUUGUAUCCAGAAACAGCCAGAAAAUUUUCCCUCUCUUCCGCCCAAAAUCACUCUUUCUCGCUCUUCCAGUGAAGCGCGGAAGCUCUCUACAACUCUGAUUCACUCUAAAUCCAGCUUCAAGGCUCAAGUCCAGUAGGUGAUUUCCAAAUGGACGAGCUGCCACUACCUGCACUCUUUGAACAAGCUCGGAAGAUUCAUCAGACAGCAACAGAAUCUGGUUGUGACCAGGAUGUUGUGAGGAAAGGAUGCCAAGUGUUGGAGAAGUGUGAGGACAUGAUAAGCAAGCUUGGGUUGUUCUCAGCAAAUGAGACCAAAGAGGAUAUCAGCACUACCAAUCUCAAGUAUAUUCUGGUGCCAUAUUAUCUGGGUGAGAUGAUUGAAAAAAUUGCACAGGAUGACAGGAUUCAGAUUCUGAAGGCUUCCCAGGCAAAAUUGAAGGAGUUCCUUUCAUUUUGUGAGGCCAUGGAACUUAUACCGAAGGAUGAGCUGGAAACCUCUGCACAAGCUGGUCCAAAUGCUUUUGUAGAUCAAAGAGCCCGAAAGAUUGCUCGGUUCAAACGCCAAAGAGCUGCAGAAUCAAAACUUUUGGAAAUAAUGGAGCGCAAGGAGCGGCGUGGCCGUUCAACUAGAGCAGCUGCCUUGUCCACUCCUGUUGAAGCUGGAGAGGAAGAAUUGUUGGAUGAUGAUGGAGAGGAAGAAAGGGAGGCUUGGCUUACCACUAUCUCGUUAGCUAUUUGUAAGGCUUGUGAUCUGCUAGAGAUGCUAAAGAAGGAGGAAGAAAUGCUUUCUGCUGUAAAAGAAAGACAGCUAAAGGAAGGGGAGAAGGAAUUUUCUCAGGCCGUUCUUGAUGAGCGCACAAAGAAAGCAGAAGCUUGGCAUCGUGAUGCUGCAGUACGAGCACUAUAUACAAAACCAGCGCAGCCGAUUACAUGUGCUACUUUUGCUCAAGAUGUUCUAGAAGGGAGAGCACAGGUUUCACAGGCUCAUGAACACAAACAUCAACCAAUGAUAUUUGGACCCGCAAGUCUUGUGGGUGGAGGCCGAACUGGUGAGAGGGAAAGGAUGGCAGCUCAGGUUUUCCAACCUCAUCAUAGGAUGCCAACGAUGAGUAUAGAGGAAGCUGGGCUAAAGGAGAUGGAGAUAAUGAAUAAAUGGCAGGAGAGGAAUAUAAAACUAAUGGAGGAAGCGAAUUCUGCAUGGCACAAGGACAAUAAGAAAAUGGGACCCAGUGAAGAGGAUGAUGAAGAUGAAGAUGAUGAUGCUGCCGUAGAGAAGGCCAGAAGAUGGGACGACUGGAAAGAUGAUAAUCCUCGAGGUGCAGGCAAUAAGAAGCUCACACCCUGUGGGUAAAGCUCGCAAAUUGGAUUUCUUUCAAGAUUUGUUAUGUUAUGAUUACUGCUUUCAGGAACAAUUUUUUCAUAAUUUAUUAUUUAUAGAUAUUGGUAUUACAAUUUUUGUUGGUUUGGCAAGAACAAUCGUUAUCAUGUAUUAUAUGAAUAUUUGGGAUUAGAAUAACUGGUUU